UGUAUUCAGUCUGGGAGUAAAAUAUGUAUAAAAAGCCAUGACUCUACUGCUGUUUGUAUCAGCCUUGACAAGACUCAAUUUUUCUAUGACCCUUAGAGAGAAUAUGGAAGAGGGUCUCUUGGAGAAGAAGGGAGAGGUGGAAGAUGGUGGUUCAGGCGUAAUAAGAUGGAAUGUGUUUGGUGAAGAGGUUAAAAGGGUUGCUUAUUUAGCAGGUCCUAUGGUUGCUGUAACUCUGUCACAGUAUUUUCUACAAAUAAUAUCAAUGAUGAUGGUUGGUCGCUUGGGUAAGCUUGCUCUCUCCAGCACAGCCAUUGCCAUCUCUCUCUGUAAUGUCUCUGGCCUCAGUGUCAUUUUUGGAAUGUCGUGUGCCCUCGAAACUCGUUGUGGGCAAGCAUAUGGAGCACGGCAAUACAGAAAAUUUGGUGUUCAAAUUUACACUGCAAUUGUCUCUCUUGCUUUAGUUUGUCUUCCUCUUUCUUUCUUGUGGAUGAACAUGGGAAACCUCCUCGUUUUACUUGGCCAAGAUCGUUUGGUUUCACUAGAAGCUGGAAAAUUUGCUCUGUGCAUGAUCCCUGCUCUCUUUGCUUAUGCAGCACUUCAGUCUGUGGUUCGAUUCUUUUUGAUGCAAAGUUUGAUGAGUCCUCUUGUCAUAAGUUCCUUCAUUACUCUUUGCUUCCAUGUGGCAUUCAGUUGGUUUAUGGUGUUUAAAUCGGGACUUGGUAACUUAGGAGCAGCAUUUUCUAUUGGUACUUCAUAUUGGCUGAAUGUGACUAUACUUGGAUUAUAUAUGAAAUUCUCUUCUCAUUGUGAAAAGACUCGAGCCCCAAUUUCAAUGGAAUUAUUCCAUGGGAUUGGAGAAUUCAUUCGCUAUGCCAUUCCUUCAGCUGGAAUGAUUUGCCUUGAAUGGUGGUCGCUUGAAAUACUAAUUUUGCUUUCUGGUCUUCUACCAAAUGCAAAGCUAGAAACAUCAGUCUUAUCCGUAUGUUUAAACAUCAGCGCAACAAUCUACACAAUCCCAGAAUCAAUUGGCGCAGCAGCAAGCGCUAGAGUUUCGAAUGAAUUAGGUGCUGCAAGUCCACAAUCAGCAAAAGUAUCUGCUUAUGCUUCCAUGAUACUGGCAGCUACCCAGGCCAUUGUGGUGGGCUCGAUAAUUUUUUCUUGCAGGCAGAUUUUGGGUUAUGUAUUCAGCAAUGAGCAGGACGUGGUGGAUUAUGUCUCAGAAUUGGCUCCUCUCUUAAGUCUCUCUGUUAUGCUGGACUGCUUGCACGGUACCCUUUCAGGUAUUGCGAGAGGAUGUGGGUGGCAGCACUUAGGAGCAUACGUAAACCUUGGAGCCUACUAUGUUUUUGGAAUUCCAAUUGCUGCUAUAUUGGGUUUCUGGGUCCAAUUUAGAGGAAAAGGGCUGUGGAUUGGAAUACUGAUUGGUGCCUUUUGUCAAACAGCUAUGCUACUUCUCAUAACAAUGUGUACAAACUGGAAAAAACAGGCAAUUGAAGCAAGGGAAAACAUUUUUCAGAGAAGUUUCUCUGUAGAAGAUGGAUUAGCUUAAGCAAGCGAGAAGACUCCUAAGUGUAUAUAUAAUUUUGAUAGUAGAAAAUUCAAAUUUGUGACUUUCGAAUUGGAGGGAAGAAAAAAUUUAUUAACAUUUUUUUUUUACAUUUCUUUAUUUAUA